UUGUCUGAAAUUUGCCUCGCGCAAUCUUAUUCUUUUCUUUCUCAUCUUUCCGGACCUUGAAUCGCCAUGCACUUUCGUCACUCUACGCGUUAGGCCACCUGCCGAACCCCAUUGUCACCUUGAGAAACCGCUCUCUAUAUAAUCCCACUCGUAUUCGAGCCCUUUCUUCAUCGGACACACAGCACAGUUCGUUAUUAGCGUGCAGAAAUGGCCUCGCCUUCUUCAUUUUCAAAGGCCAUUUUGACUUUGGCUUGCGUUGUGCUCCUCAUCGGUGGCACGAGCGCUCAACUUUCGAUUUUCUAUUACACCGAAACUUGCCCCGACCUCUUCCCGACGGUGAAGUCAAUCGUGCAAGAAGCGAUUGCGAAAGAGGCCCGCAUGGGCGCCUCGCUCCUCCGCUUGUUCUUCCACGACUGCUUCGUCAAUGGUUGCGACGGAUCAAACCUCUUGGACGAUACGCCUACUUUCACCGGAGAGAAGAACGCGGCCCCAAACCGAAAUUCCUUGCGAGGGUUCGAUGUGGUGGACCAGAUUAAGUCCGCGGUGGAGGAAGUGUGCCCCAGCAUCGUCUCCUGCGCCGAUUUGUUGGCGAUUAUCUCCCGAGAUGCGGUUGAGAUACUGGGAGGACCAGGGUGGGACGUGAAGCUAGGAAGGAGAGAUGCGAGAACCGCCAGCCAGGCCGCAGCUAACGUUAGCAUUCCUCCUCCAACUAAUAACCUCAGCGCUCUCAUUUCCGGCUUCCAAAAUCAUGGGCUUUCUCAACAAGACCUUGUCGCUCUAUACGGAGCGCACACAGUUGGGCAAGCGAGAUGCACAAACUUCCGGGCCAGGAUCUACAACGAGAGCAACAUCGACAGUUCAUUUGCCCAGGCGAUGAAGAGCAACUGCCCGAGCGUCACCGGCGUCGGCGACAACAACCUGGACGGGCUCGACUACCAGAGCGCGACAUCGUUCGACAACACUUACUACGUCAACCUCAUGAGGAAAAGAGGCCUCCUCCACUCCGACCAACAGCUCUUCAAUGGCGGGUCCACCGACUCGCUCAUCAGGACUUACGCCCAAAGCCAAGAUACCUUCUUCAAGGACUUUGCGGCCUCCAUGAUCAAUAUGGGCGACAUCAAGCCCCUCACCGGAUCCAACGGCGAGAUCAGGAAGAACUGUAGGAGGAUCAAUUAAUGUUUGAUAAAUUCAGUGGCCAUGUAUACUCCUUUGAUGGAGUUCUAUUCUGUUGGUUAUUUUCCAUUUGAAGUUUUUGCUAUUUUGUGAGCGUCGAGAUGGAAUUGUGUGAGUCAAAUAUCGUAAUAACAAUCCUAUUGGGAUUUCAUCCAUUGUUCAAUAAUGAAAUAAAUCGAAUACCGAAUUAACGUA